AUGCACGUCCCUUUUAUCUCCAAACGUUCGGAUAGAAAGCUAUAUCGAAGGAAAGGUGGAGGAAGAGGUGGAGGUGGAAGAUCCGGCGGCUCUAGCGGUGGCAGCAGUGGCGGGAGGUCUGUUCCUGUCAGUAGCGGUGGAACCACGAAGUCCGCGACAGCAUUUGGUGCAGGCGGAGGGGCAGCAACAGUCAUUGGUGCUGGACAACUGUUCGCAGGAAGAACCUCAGGUGGUGGGACUCGGCAACAAGUCGUUGGAACUAGGACAUACGGAAGCGGCUAUCCUGGACAUACUGGACGUGGCGUCGGCGGACUGGGCUUCCCAUUCGUAUUCUGGCCUCUCGCAUGGGGUGGUGUAGGCCUCGGCGGCUCAGCAUUGUACCUCCAUAAUACCGAGUACGGGCGGUGGGACAACAGCAGUAGGCCUGGUGGCGUGCAGAUGACGGCUGCGUUUUCAUCCUCAAGCCAAAAUACGACGUUCCGGUUAAUGACUGACCAGGCCAGCCUCGAAUCCCUCAUCGACGACAUUGUCGACAGCUGUCGGGAUAAUUUGAGUUCUCCGGACAACAUCACUGCAACGAAUUACGAUGAUACUGUGGCCGCUCCUAAACCAGAGCAAGCGGUGCAAUAUUACCGCGCGAGCAGCGUCGUCCUCACUCUGGACGGGUACAACAACACCGGGGCUCUUGGUCCGGAAGGAACGCCUGACACACCAUUACCAACGGACAUUGAUAACAACCUGCUCUCCUGCCUGAACGAGACAAUCGCUGAGGCUGUUCCCCUGGUUGAUGCUGCCAAUCUCAGGUGGCCCGUCCCGUCGAGCACGGGUCUCCUUGGUCUCGCAUAUCUCGUUUGGUGCCUUUCCGGCUCCAUAUGA